AUGGCGACAAAUGACACCACCAGUGUUAAGAAUGGUCAUGUGAGCACAAUGACAUCAAACAAAAGAUCCUCGGAAUGCAACACAGCGGUAACAGAACUGGAACAGACAACCAAAGAUGCAAGCAGAACUGACAGCGUUGAAGUACCUGUAACCGAAAAUUCCACAAAGAGGAAACAGUUAUCUCCUCCAAAUGGUGGUUGGGGAUGGAUAAUCGUCUUCGGCAGUCUGAUUGCUCAUAUCAUUAUAUUUGGUAUUGAGAAGUCAUCUGGAAUUUUCUACUUAAAAUUUGAAGCAAGGUUCAAUAAAUCUGCUGCUGUUACAGCCUGGAUUACCACUCUUCCAGGAGUCUUUCGAAGCAUACUAGGUCCUUUAUGCGGUAUACUCAUCAACCGAUUCUCGUGCCGAUCUGUUACAUUAACUGGAGCAAUCAUUUUAGGAGUCAGCAUGGGUUUGACUGCCUUCACUUAUGAUCUAACACUUGCGGUCGUCAGUUAUUCCUUGUUGGGAGGUCUUGGUAUGUGCCUCGUUUACUCACCGGCUAUCAUUAUCGUCAAUCAGUAUUUUAGCACAAAGCGAGGAUUAGCGACGGGUAUUGCGACCUCCAGUCUUGCGGCAUUUCUUUUCCCGAACAUAAUCGAGUUCUUGUUCGAUUUUUAUGGAUUUCUUGGUGCUUUCCUAAUCUUAUCAGGAAUAACGUUGAAUCUUCUGGUUUGCGGGACUCUCUACCGACCACUUCCGUCAAAUGCAAAAUUUGAAAGACAAACUAUUUUAAAAAGAGAUGGACAAGUUUUGGAAACCAGAUGUAACAGUCAAGGGAACAAAAAUGAAAAAGACAAAGAGGACCACGGAUGCUGCUACAGAGUAUCUUGUUCCUUGAGAAACAGUGGAAAUACUCAGUGUAAUAUCAAGACGAUUGUAGCAGACUAUCGAUAUACAUCAUUCAUCAUCGCAGUUGGUCUUUUUUCUGCAGCUUUCCAAUCAGCAUUCGCAUUCCUCCCGGUAUAUGCGAAGGAAAUGAAUAUUGAAGAGUCAUCCACUGCCUUUAUAGUAUCCCUGACAAUUUUGUUUGACACAUUAGGCAGGUUAUUUUUCGGUGCAGUCCUUGAUAUGCGAUCAGUAAAACAUUACCGGGUCGUGAUAUACAACUGUGUAUUGCUGGCUUUAGGAAUUUUGUCAUUGAUUUUGCCCUUUUCAUCUGAAUACAUUAUACUCGCUGUAGUUUGUUCAGUAUACGGAUUUAUGAUGGGAUGCAUCAUUUCACAAAAGUCUGUAAUCAUUGUUGACAUUCUGGGCGUUAAUAAUUUAGCCUUGGCUUUUGGACUGUUACUUUUACUUCAAGGAGUUGGAUCAUCUGCUGGGCCAUCCAUUUCUGGUGUCAUAAAGGAUAUGAGUGGCAGUGCCAGCGGUGGGUUUUAUUUCGGCGGAAUUUGUACAAUUUUUGGAGCGGCAAUCUUCGCAACAGCGAAUCUUGUACAUCAUUUUAAAUAUUCGAAUAAGAUGUCCAAAGGAAGAUCACGUGUGUACACAAUCACCACAUGA